CGACCUCAGCUCCAUCCAGGCUCCUGCCCACAGCCUGAGAGGCAAGGCUGCGCCAUGUUUCAAGGGCAGCGCGCUUGGUUUUGCCGCAGCGUCCACCCGGACCUGAAGCAGCUCUGGGCGGCUGAAGGAGGGACGGUCAGCGACCCGCCGACUGCCGACUUCCUGUUCAGCUGUGACGCUUCGCACCCGGACACGCUGAGGAUAUAUCAAAGCCCUGACUACUUAGAAGACAAUGCUACAGUUUUUCAUGCCUACUAUCUUGCUGCUGUAGCUAAUGGUGAAGUAAAAAACUCAGUGGCUCUAGGUCAUUUUAUUCUUCCUCCCACAUGCCUGCAAGAAGAAAUAAGAAGAAAAAUUGGUAGCUUUAUUUGGGAACAAGACCAACAUUUUCUGAUAGAAAAGCAUGAUGAAGUAGCACCAAAUGAGGUAAAAACCCUUAGGGAAAGCAGAGAAAUAGAAACAGAGCACAAAAAGGAAUUAUCCAAAAGCACAGAAAAGAGUUUUAUAAGGACUCCAGUUAUAGAAAAACAGAUGUACUUGCCUCUUCAGAACUACCCAGUGAACAACAUGGUAACAGGCUAUAUAUCGAUAGAUGCCAUGAAGAAAUUCCUCGGAGAGCUGCAUGACUUUAUUCCUGGAAGCUCAGGAUAUUUGGCAUACCAUGUUCAAGAUGAAAUCAACAUGCCUGCUAUAAAAAACAAAUUGAAAAGGAAAUACUAAGCUAAAUUGUCAUUGUGUCUGGACAUUUAUUUUCUAUAAAAUAUUACCAAAGGCGUACAAAAUUUAAAAUGUUCCCGU